ACUCCCUCCUCCGCCCUAUUAAAACACCCACCAGCUCACUUGUUAAGACCCCCUUAAGUUGGAGGAGGCAGAAAGGCAACAACAGCGAGGAAGGAGAAGUCAAGACGUCUGGAAAGAAUUACCCAGUCCUGGCUUCCAGCAGCCCAUUGAACCAGGGACUUGAACCAGCCCCAGCCAAAGACUUUCUCCCGAUUCUGCGCUUCCUGGGUUCUGCUGAGUCUUCACCGGGCUUUUCUUGAUGCGAAAAAGAAAAGAGAAUUUCUGAUAUCAGGGGAGGGGGAACUGGAGCAAAAAAUAAAAUAAAAUAAAAUAAAGUUAAUUUAUUUUUAAAGCACAAAUUUUUCUUUUAAGAAUUAGACCGAAGUGCAACGGAGAUAUUAAAAAGAAUAGUAGUGAAAUUUCCUUUUAAAGUGGGGGAGAACCAAACAUUUAAGACUCCCCCAUCCUUUUUAAAUGUUGUUUUUAAAUUUUUUAUUUUUUUUGGCCGGUCGUCUCAAAUUCAUCUGAUCUCUUAUUACCUCAAUUUUGGAAACUGCCCGCCACCGACCCUCCGGGACCACACAGACAGGCUGAGGACAACUUUAUGACCAAGAGCUGAACAAGAUGCAUUGUGAGAGGUUUCUAUGUAUCCUGAGAAUAAUUGGAACCACACUUUUUGGAGUGUCUCUCCUCCUUGGAAUCACAGCUGCUUAUAUUGUUGGCUACCAAUUUAUCCAAACAGAUAAUUACUAUUUCUCCUUUGGCCUGUAUGGUGCCUUUUUAGCAUCACACCUCAUCAUCCAAAGCCUGUUUGCCUUUUUGGAGCACCGGAAAAUGAAGAAAUCCCUAGAAACACCCAUUAAGUUGAACAAAACUGUUGCUCUUUGCAUCGCUGCGUAUCAAGAAGACCCAGACUACUUACGAAAAUGUUUGCAAUCUGUGAAGAGGCUAACCUACCCUGGGAUUAAGGUUGUCAUGGUCAUAGAUGGGAACUCGGAAGAUGACCUUUACAUGAUGGACAUCUUUAGUGAGGUCAUGGGCAGGGACAAAUCAGCCACUUAUAUCUGGAAGAACAACUUCCACGAGAAAGGUCCUGGUGAGACGGAUGAGUCACAUAAAGAAAGCUCGCAACAUGUCACCCAGUUGGUCUUGUCCAACAAAAGUAUUUGCAUCAUGCAAAAAUGGGGUGGAAAAAGAGAAGUCAUGUACACGGCCUUCAGAGCGCUGGGACGAAGCGUGGAUUAUGUGCAGGUCUGUGAUUCAGACACCAUGCUUGACCCUGCCUCAUCUGUGGAGAUGGUGAAAGUUUUAGAAGAAGACCCCAUGGUUGGAGGUGUCGGGGGAGAUGUCCAGAUUUUAAACAAGUAUGAUUCCUGGAUCUCCUUCCUCAGCAGUGUGAGAUACUGGAUGGCUUUUAACAUAGAAAGGGCCUGCCAGUCUUAUUUUGGGUGUGUCCAGUGCAUUAGUGGACCCCUGGGGAUGUACAGAAACUCCUUGCUGCAUGAAUUUGUGGAAGACUGGUACAAUCAGGAAUUUAUGGGCAGCCAAUGUAGUUUUGGUGAUGACCGGCAUCUAACGAACCGAGUGCUGAGUCUGGGCUAUGCAACAAAAUACACAGCUCGAUCCAAGUGCCUUACAGAGACACCGAUAGAGUAUCUCAGAUGGUUAAACCAGCAGACCCGUUGGAGCAAGUCCUACUUCCGAGAGUGGCUGUACAAUGCGAUGUGGUUUCAUAAACAUCACUUGUGGAUGACCUACGAGGCCGUUAUCACUGGCUUCUUCCCUUUCUUUCUCAUUGCCACCGUAAUCCAGCUCUUCUACCGGGGUAAAAUUUGGAACAUCCUCCUCUUCUUGUUAACUGUCCAGUUAGUAGGUCUCAUAAAAUCGUCCUUUGCCAGCUGCCUUAGAGGAAAUAUUGUCAUGGUCUUCAUGUCCCUCUACUCAGUGUUAUACAUGUCAAGUUUACUUCCCGCCAAGAUGUUCGCAAUCGCCACGAUAAACAAAGCUGGGUGGGGCACGUCUGGAAGGAAGACCAUUGUUGUCAAUUUCAUAGGACUCAUUCCAGUAUCGGUUUGGUUUACAAUCCUCCUGGGUGGUGUGAUUUUCACCAUUUAUAAGGAAUCUAAAAAGCCAUUCUCAGAAUCCAAGCAGACGGUUCUCAUUGUUGGAACGUUGCUCUAUGCAUGCUAUUGGGUCAUGCUUUUGACGCUGUAUGUGGUUCUCAUCAAUAAAUGUGGCAGGAGGAAGAAGGGACAACAGUAUGACAUGGUGCUCGAUGUAUGA